AUUUUUAUUAAUUCCAUCUAAUUACAUGCAACAUAGAACCGAAGACUACGAUUUACUUUACAAGCUAGUUUUAAUUGGGGAUUCUGGCGUUGGAAAAACCAACAUUCUCAAUUAAUUUACAAGAGGCGAAUUCCUAUAAGAUUCCAAAACCACAAUAGGAGUUGAGUUUGCUUCAAAGAAUGUCAUACUUGAUGAUAAAACCAUAAAAGCAUAAAUUUGGGACACAGCUGGCCAGGAGAGAUACAGGGCUAUAACAUCAGCUUAUUAUCGAGGAGCAGUUGGUGCGAUGAUUAUUUAUGAUAUCACUAAAUCAUUAACUUUCGAAAAUGUUGACAAAUGGAUGAAAGAAUUGAAAGAAAAUGCAGACCCUUCCUUAUAAAUUAUGAUUGUUGGAAAUAAAACUGAUUAAAAACAUAUCCGAUAGGUUGCUACUGAUUGUGCUAUUGCUUACGCAUAACGAAAUGGAGUGGCAUUUAUAGAAACAAGUGCAAAAGACGGAACAAAUGUAGAAGAUGCCUUCAAAAACAUUUUAUAAUAAAUAUAUAAAUCGGCUAAGGUUGUGAAACCAACUCCAUAACCUACUAAGUUUGUUGUUGCAGAUACAGAUGUGGUGAAACCAGAAAAGUCUUCAGGUUGCUGUUGAUUUUGGAAAUUAUUUGUUAUUUGUUAUAUACAAUCAAAAUUUCAUUUAA